AUGUUCAACAUUUAUAUCGCGAAAGCUAGCGCUAACUUUGGAGUUACUUACACUCGUGAUAUUUAUGAGCGUGCGAUUGAAGUCCUACCUGACAAAGAAGCAAAAGACAUGUGCUUAAAGUAUGCUGAGCUGGAACGUAAAUUAGGAGAAAUUGAUCGAGCGAGAGCUUUAUAUGCACAUGCAUCGCAAUUUUGUGAUCCAAGGACGGUGCCUUCUUUCUGGCAAAUAUGGCAUGAAUUCGAAGUUAAGCACGGGAAUGAGGAUACUUUUAAGGAAAUGCUUAGAAUCAAACGGAGUGUUCAGGCUCAAUAUAAUACGGAGGUUAAUUUCAUAUCCGCUCAAAUACUUGCUACUCGUCAAACAAACCAAAACGCACAAGCACCGACGAAUUCUCAGAAUGCGAUGCAGCUGGCCGAACAAGAAGCUAUUCAAAGCAAAGGAAAUAAUUCGGCCGGUACCAAAGCAAUGGCCUUCGUCCCGUAUGCUUCGACGCAAGCGAAUGAAGAUGCUUCGUCCAUUCAAAAACCUACAAAUCCCGAUGAAAUUACAAUGGAUGAUGAUGAUUU